UCCCUGGCGAGGUUCCGCUGCGUCUGCAAGCAAUGGCUUUCUUUAUCCUUCGACCCCUACUUUGUCGAGAAGCAUCAGCAGGCCAAUAUCAGGCUCCUGUUCUUCUCCCAAGUCUUCACCGCACCCAAGAUAAGGCUCUACGAACUCGGGGACUGCCCCAGAGUGGAGGACUGCUCUUUUGAUUUCAAACCCCAGUUCCGUAACGAUCACUCGACUUACAAACUGUCCAACUCCGUGGACGGGUUGGUCUGCGUCACCCAACUCCGUGACGGUCGGCACCUAUACUUGCUGAACCCCUUCUCGAAGGAGGUUGUCAGGCUUCCCCCACCACCGAGCGGCAGGAGGGGUAGAAAGAGCAAUAGGGUCGGAUUGGGGGUUGAUCCCACCACAGGAAUCUACAAGCUCGUCAGGCUAUUCCGUAAAGAAGACAGAUAUUGGGAUCCUUGGGGAUGCGAAGUUCUCUCGGUGGGACCUCACCAAGAAUGGCAGAACUUAGGAGACACUCCCUGUAUCCUCUCGUGGUUGGAUCAGGUUGCUGUGUUCGUCAAUGGAUUUCUCCACUGGUGGGCACCAGAACGUCAAGUCAUGGCAUUUGAUCUAACUACCCACAAGUUCCAGCUGAUUCCAACCCCUGAGCCCAUGAAGGGGCAUCAUCGUGUGUUUUUGGUGGAGUCCGGAGGAAACCUUUGCUUCGUGGAGUAUCCUUCUUGUCACCGUCGUUUCUCGACGAUAUGGAGGCUCGAAGACCGUGUCACACAUAACUGGACCAAACGACACAACAUUGAUCUGUCCAACUUAAGACCUGGAACCUUAUGUCGCUCCAUUAUCUGCAUCAGAGGUCAUGAGAUACUGCUUGAGAUAAAAGAUGACAAAAACCUGAUGAUUUACUCUUACAAUUUUUUUACCAAGACCCUUCAUAGACGAUGUAACCACGUCAAGCCCAGUGGCUUGGGUUUUAUCACGGAGAGCCUCGUGUCGCCAAGAAGUUUGAUCGGCAGCAUAUCCCACUAAGUUUAUACGUAUUAAGUUUAUAUGUAUGUAUGUACGUAUGUAUGUUUUGCGGUGCAUUUGCACCAGAGAUUUAUGGCCCUAAGGUGUUCAUUGUCAUUAGAAUUUGGGACAUGGUCUCUUUCAUAGGUGCACGACAGUUUAAUAGCGACUUUUGGUUUCGACUUGUAUUUGGAUAUUGACAUAGCGACUUUUGAUAUCU